AUGACUAAAAACCAGAAUCAUCAUCAUGAUGAUGCAUCAUCAUUGUCAUUAUCGAGUGGGAAAAGGUUCAAAACUUUUGACAAUGGUGGUCUGGCACCAUGGUCAGAUCUUGACCAUAAUGUGCUUUUAUUAGUAAUGAUGCGACUGGGAUUUGUUGAUUUUUUUGCAUUCAGUAGAGUUUGCAAGUCAUGGAGAUCAUUUGCAAUCUCUAACAGGAAAACAUUUAUGGCAUCCAUACCACCCAUGUCCGUAUGCAUCUUUAUGAAGGAUAAUGAGGAUGACUGUUACUACUAUCUAAAGGACUUUGAAGGAAGAAAGUUCAAACCCAUCCUUUCUCAUUUAGCUGAGAGGAUCUGUGUUGGAUCAACUUGUGGUUACUUGGUCUUGUUCAGUAGGAAAACCCGCAACUUCUGGCUUGUGAAUCCUAUCACAAGACAUGAACUUCAUUUCCCUAAUUUCCCUGGUGAUAUAAGUGUUGGUCUAGAUAGAAUCAGGACCAUUCUUGUCUUUUCACCUUCAAUACCUGGGUGGGUGUUUGUUAUGCUAUAUGAAAAUAUAGUAUUUUAUACCGUGGGUAAAGAAAAAUGGAAUCAUGUCUCCUCCACUAUCCCCAUCCUUGAUUUACAUUUUUUUGAAGGGAAGAUAUAUACUCUACACACAGAUCGUUCUUUAGGUGAACUUAGUCUCAAUUGGAAGCAGAAACACGAAACUAUGUCACCCCAAAUCAAGAAUUUUCUGAAGCCAGACUUGUUGAGACCGGAGCUUGUAAGUUCGAAUGAAAAACUUUAUUUGAUAGAUUGGAUUUCAAAACCAGAAAAGGUUCUGGAACUUGAUUUUUGGUGA